AUGCCCCCAAAACCGAAACCCCAACUAACCCACUUCCUCCUCCUCCCCCUCGUGACACCCACAUCGCGCCCACAGCUACAAGCCUCGCUCCAACGCUUCGCCGCCGAAGUCACCACGCCCAACGAGUCCGGCGAAGCCAAACUCCCCGCCAAAGCCAUCCGCCCAGUCGGCGCCAUCCACCUCACCAUCGGCGUCAUGAGCCUGCUGACCCCCGAGCGCGUGGCCGCUGCAUGCGCCUACCUCCAGAACCUCGACAUCCCCGGCAUGCUCGCCGCCGCUUCCGUGCCCCCCGUCGUGACGUGGAAACCCCUCAACCCGGACUCCGCAGCCUCCCCGUCCGAACCCACGGACGCGGCGCCACCGCCGUCGCCGCCGCCGCCGCCGCAGGCGUUGGUGACCACCCUCUCAGGCCUCCACACCCACCGCGCCCCCACCGACUCCUCCUCCCUCCACGCCCUCCCCACCCCCGCAUCGCCCCCGCUCCACCCCUUCGCCACCGCCCUCCGCGCCGCCUUCACCGCCGCCGGCUUCCUCGUCCCCGAACCCAGACCCCUGUCCCUGCACGCCACGCUCGUCAACACGAUCCACGCGCGCAGCGCCCGGAGCGGGAAGAUGCGCUGGCGGAAAGGCAGCGCCCGGUUCGACGCCUCGGGCCUGAUCGCCCGGUACGCGGGCGCGCGCUGGGCGACGGACGUCAGGGUCGAGAGGGUGGCGAUUUGCGAAAUGGGCGCGAGGGAUGUGGGGGUGGGGGUGGGGGAGGAAGAGGAGGUGUUGGAUCAGGCGUACAAGGAGGUGGCGAGCGUGGAGUUGCCCUGA